AAGCCCUAGUGUGAUACGGUUUGACUUCGUUUCCUCCGAAAGGACUCGUUAGAGACUCACGCCAGCCCGGGUCUUCAUUUCGGUGGGCUUACGACCCGCAGCAUAAUGGACGAAGACUGUUUUUGAGGUGGGACAGAACUCCAUCGCGAAGUCUUCACUGGGAAGAUAGAACUUUGAACUACCUGUACUCAUUUCUCCAGAGGUAGGCUCGUCGAAGAACUUUCGGAGACCCCAGAAUGUGGACACAACAAGAAGUGCGUUAAGCGGCUGAAUUGGAAGUGAGGAAAAGAGAAGCGUGAGGCUGAGAAUGUGGCGGGGACACCGCGGGGCAACUGGGCUGAAAGUUUCCUGAGCUUGGAGAUUUGACGAGAGCGCAACAAGAGGGGGGAAGCGUUAAUGCUGCGCGCUGGAUCAGCCCUGCAGUAGUCAGUGCUCUGUGUGCAUUGGCAGAUCAGCACAUCAACUCAUAUCAUAUUUGGCUCAAAAUCAAAGUAUAUGAAAAAUCAGCAAGAGGAUCAAUCUUAAUUUAGGACACAGUUUAUAAAGAACUCCCCCCACUGGAUCCAACUCAAUAUCCAGCACUUUCUUUUCUCCUCCAAAGUAUUCCACCAUCCCACCUCCGAUCCUUUUCCCUUCAUUUUUGCAACGCUGAUUCCCGAAGUGGCUCCGAAGUGGUGUUGCGGCUCCUCGUCCCCGGCGGAUCCGGAGAUCGGAGUCUCUGCACCGGGAGGAGGUGGAGUCGGAGCUCCGGCCACACCGCAGGCUCCCAAGGGCGGCCGCGUCAAAAGGAUGGUGCGACUGGCGGCGGAACUGCUGCUGCUCCUCGGACUUCUUCUCCUCACCUUGCACAUCACGGUACUGCGGAGCAGUCCGCUGCCCCAGGGCAAUGAAACUCUGAGCCUGGAUCAGGACACAGCCCUUACAGAGAACAAUAUAAAUGCAAAAAGCAGCUCUGCCCAACCGGCUCCUGAAGACCGGAGGUCAGGUCCAGAGCAGCAGUUGGCCCACCGGCCUGCCACCCUCCCCUGGGCACAGGGCAGCAACGUACACAGGGACGGCCCUGGAGCUUUCCUCCUGGAUCUGCACAACUUCCCCGACCUCUCCAAAGCUGACAUCAAUGGACAGAAUCCCAAUAUACAGGUGACCAUUGAAGUGGUGGAUGGACUAGAGAGCCACGAGCCAGAGAAAGGCCUCCGUAAGGAGAGCAAACCCAACUGGGCCUCCCCGAACUGGAGAAACUGGUGGCCUCGCUCUUCUUCACCUUCCUCCUCCACCUCCACCACUCAUCAGACGGAGGAGCACGAUCGCACCUACGGGAGCAACAGCGAGGACAGCAACUUCCUCAGGCCGCCGGCAGACUGGGACAGGAGAGGAGGCGCCGGGGGAGGAAGCAAAGCUCAAGCUGAAUAUGACUAUAUGGACGGAGAGGGGGACUGGAGUAACUGGACAGCGUGCAGCGUCACCUGUGGAAACGGCAACCAGAAGAGAACCAGGUCGUGCGGUUACGCCUGUACAGCCACCGAGUCCAGAACUUGUGAUAUGCCCAGCUGCCCAGGUAUUGAAGAUGCCUUCAAGACGGCAGCUACUGAAGUGAGCCUGUUAGCUGGAACAGAUGAGUUCAAUGCCACGGAGCUCUUUGGUGUUGACACGGACAGCUGCGAGCGAUGGAUGAACUGCAAGAGCGACUUCUUGAAGAAGUACAUGACCAAGGUGGCCAACGACCUCCCCAGCUGCCCUUGCUCUUACCCAACCGAGGUGGCGUACAGCACAGCAGACGUGCACGACGCUCUCACGCUCCGAGAUUUCCGCUGGAAGGACGCCAGCGGGCCGAAAGAGAAGCUGGAGAUCUACAAGCCUACGGCCCGCUACUGCAUCCGCUCCAUGCUGACGCUGGAGUCCACCACGCUGGCGGCGCAGCACUGCUGCUACAACGACAACAUGAAGCUCAUCACUCGCGGCAAAGGGGCCGGCACGCCCAACCUCAUCAGCACCGAGUUCUCAGCCGACCUGCACUACAAGGUGGACAUCCUGCCCUGGAUCAUCUGCAAAGGAGACUGGAGCCGCUACAACCAGGCCAGGCCGCCAAACAACGGGCAGAAGUGUCCCGACAACCCUCAGGACGAGGACUACUACAAACAGUUUGAAGAAGCAAGAGAAUUCUAGACAGCUGUAGCGUGAAAAGGAAAAAAACAACAACAACAAACACACAGUGCUUAAGUAUUCAGCUAAACCUCAAAAAUGGUGCUGAAACCAUUUUUAAAUUCUAUUUUAGAUCUAGUAACACAAGAACUUUUAGGCUCUGAGGAACAAGACUUACUGCGCUUUGAAGCAAGAGGAAUAGAAAUCCAAGAGUCAAGACACUUACUUGCUCACAAGGAACUUUUCUUGACUUCACCAAAACAAGGCAAACAACGUUGCUCUGUUUAAAAAAAUUAAAGAAAAAACUUUGUUUAAAUAAAAUGUGCCUCUAAAAAAAUUAUUGAACAUGUUGCCAGUAAAUGCAUCACCAAUAAUUACUUGUUCAGAUCUGGUCACUACAGGGAGAACUGAGUUAGUAUUCUUAAAAAGGGAGAAUUCUGAUUCCAGGAAUGUUCGUUUAGAUUGUGUCCUCGUUCGUCUCCAUAGAUGUUUAUGUUUCGGUGAAUCUGAGAGGCCUGUGGUAAUAGAAUAAUGAGAUCCUUCGGGAAUGUGUUGGGACAGACAAUAGGGUUAUCUCAUUUUCUCCCGUUUUGUCAUUCACAAUAUCCAGGUUCUCCUGUAAGCUCGUGAGUUUAUUUAGCAUGCACAUUUUUUACUUGUACCAUUAAUUUACAGCCGUGUUCCCUUGUGUCUCUGUGGCAGAUCUUUAUUGUAAAAAGCCUGCAUUAUUUUUGUAAAGUAUUUAUUAAGUUGUAGCUGUGUCUGAGUCGGGUGGCUAUGACUGUGGUUUCUGAUUCAAAUGUGGCUGAAUGCUAACUUGAGAUUCCUCUCUAGCUCAAACUUUGGCAUCCAUGUGCAUAUUCGUGUCUCAAGUUAGGAUUAAACCGUCAUCGAGUGCAAAGAAUGUGAGAAUUCAACUGUAUGGAAAGAUUUUUGAGAUAUAAAUCUAUAAAUAAAUUUUCAAAAAGG